AAAAGAGCUCCCUCUGCUCCUCUACUCUCGACUUGGAAAGGCUCUGUGAAUCAGUUGUCUCGUAUUCUGUGGUUGUUUGCUUAUAAUCUCAAAUACAUACCAUUCGUCCUCCUUGAUACCCUUUCCUCUUUCCACACAACAUCACAUCCAAAAUGUCACAGCAAAACCUUUCCGUCGUGCUGGCCGAGCGUCCCACGGCCGAGAUCAUCCCCGGCAAGACCUUCAAGACUGAGCAGAAGCCUAUCCCCAAGGCUGAGGACCUCAAGGAUGGCGAGAUCCUCAUUGAGAACUGGUACCUCUCCCUUGACCCCGCCAUGCGUGGCUGGUUGAACGACCGCCGCUCCUACCUCCCUCCCGUCCAAAUCGGCGAAGUCAUGCGCGGCGCCACCGUCGGCCGCGUCCUCGCCUCCAAGUCCUCCAAGGCCAAGGAGGGCGACGUCCUCCCCUCCUUCGGCGGCUGGGCCGAGUACAGCGUCGUCCACGACAGCCGCGUCGAGCCCGUCUCCUCCUUCCCCGCCGUCUCCCAGCCCAUCGACUACCUCUCCGGCAUCGGCAUGACCGCCCUGACGGCCUACUUCGGCAUGCUCCGCGUCGGCGACCCCAAGCCCGGCGAAACCGUCGUCGUCUCAGGCGCCGCGGGUGCCACCGGCAGCGUCGCCGGCCAGAUCGCCAAGCUCAAGGGCGCGCGCGUCGUAGGUCUCGCCGGCUCAGACGAUAAGUGCAAGUGGUUGACGGAGGAACUCGGCUUCGACGUCGCGCUCAACUACAAGGACCCCGAGUUCAAGCAAAAGUUCAAGGAGGCCACGCCCGACUUCAUCAACGUCUACUUCGACAACGUCGGCGGCGAGAUCCUCGACAUGGCGCUGGCGCGUGCCAAGGAGUUUUCGCGCUUCGUCAUGUGCGGCGGUAUCAGCCAGUACAACUCUGCGACGCCGCAGGGCCCCAAGAACUACGCCAACAUCAUCACCAUGCGCAUCAAGAUGCAGGGCUUCAUCGUCUUCGACUUUGUGCAGGAGUACGGCCAGGCGCGCAAGGAGCUCGCGCAGUGGCUUGAGGAGGGCAAGAUCAAGCGCAAGGAGACGGUCGUCAAGGGCGGUCUCAAGGCGGCGGAGCAGGGUCUCGUCGACCUGUACAAGGGCAUCAAUACGGGCAAGCUGAUUGUCGAGAUCAAGAACCCCAAGGAUGCGGCCAAGUUGUAA